AUGGCGCCUCCGCAGCACCGUCGCGCCGGCGGCAACCACGGCGACCGGAGGGAGGAAGGCGCGUCGCGUCCUCGGAACGAAGAAGAGACACUGACCAGCGCGACCACGGGCCCCGUCCCCGCUGGCUCCCACGGUCGCGGGGGGGGCCGCGAGGGACAAGGGCCGAUUCGCGGCAGCUCGCGCGGCGCAGGUGGCGCCCGACGAGGUCGCGGCGGAGGCGGAGGCCGGGGAGACGCGGGCGGCGUCCGCAAGCUGCCCCGCGGCUCGCCCGAGGGCGCCGCCCCGACGUCCGACCGGCGAGGGCCGACAGGCCCUGCAGAGGGCGAGCGGAGGGCGGAGGCCGAGCCUGUGCGACGCGUUUUCAUGGCGUCGCCCCCAGCGCGUUCAGCCGGCGACAUCGAGAGAGACGCGCACGCACGCGAGAGUCGAGACGGCGCGCCUGGACCGCAGCCGAGCCGCGGGGGAGAAAAGGCCUUUCCGCUCGUGCGGGCGUUCGCCAGUGGCUUGACGGGCGGUCGGCUGGAGCAGACCGCAGGGCGGGGUGGACGAGGAGGGCGAGGAGGAGGCUUCGCGGGCGGGGCGGCGGCACGCGGGGGAGAGGGGGUGGGGCGACCCGCAGGAGAUGACUCGCGGGGUGUUUCAGCCCCGGGGGGUCUGAAGGGGUUUUCGGCGCGCUCGGCCGCCCGCGAGAAUGGCCCGGAGGUGUUUGGGUCGCAGCUGUCGACUGUGGCGCCUUCCUCGUCGCCGGGCUCGGGUGUCUCCGACAUCCGCCUAGGCGGCGACGAGUUCGUGAACGCUUUCUCUGUGCUGUCCUCUGGCGCCUCGGUCUCUCCCAGCCGCGAGUCUGACAAGAGACGCGGGAAGGAGCGACCUGCGGUUUUCUUCCCGCACCCCUCGCGGUCGCCGCAGCCCCUGUCAGCCUCGAACGUACCGACGACGUCGACGCUGAUGGGCGAGGGCGAGAAGCGCGAGGAGUCCGGCAGCAGAGGCGAAGACCAGGGGCGCCGCCCCCCCGCGCUCCACCCUGCCCAGCGGCAGCCAGGCGGCGCGGCGGGCGAGGGCGGAGACCUCUGGUGGGCGUCGCGACCUCGGAGCGCCGCAGGGACGUUCUUCACAUCUCGUCUUCACGCGGGCCCAGGCGGCGCGGCUGCGCCGGCUGCGAACUCGAUUGCCGAAGACGGGCGGAGGCCGGGAGGCGGCGCGCCUGCGGAGGGCGCAGCGGCCGGCGGCAUGUCGCCCGUGGAGGAGCUGCCGAUUAUGCGCUACAAGGAGGCGAUUUUGGAGCACAUUCGCAACCACCCGGUGACGUGCAUCCAGGGCGAGACGGGGUGCGGCAAGAGUACGCGCGUGCCGCGGUUUCUGCUUGAAGAAGACAUGCGCCUACGGCAGCUCGAGGCUGAGCGCCGAGCGGCGGGGGAAGGCAGUGGAGGCGAAGGCGGCGCGCGGGCAGUGCCGGAGCGUCGCGGCUUGAACGCCAUCGUGACGCAGCCGAGGCGUCUGGCGUGCAUCGCUCUUGCCCGGCGCGUGGCGCAGGAGCUGGAGGAGCCUCUAGGCCGCAGCGUGGGGUACAAGAUUUCGGGCGACUCCGUCACGAGUCGCGACACCAAGAUCUGCUUCGUGACGACGGGCUACUUUCUGCAAGUGCUGAUCAACCAGCCACGCGCUCUGGCGUCGCUCACGCACAUCAUCCUGGACGAAGUCCACGAGCGCGACCUCGACGCCGACCUGCUUUCGCUUGUGCUCAAGCUGCAACUGAACCAGAAGACGCCGCUCAAGCUCAUCGUCAUGUCUGCCACGCUUCAGGGCAAUCUCUUCGCCGAGUACUUCACACCCACGGGCGUCCCGGUCUCCCCGCGCAUCUACGUCGGCGCCAGGCGCUUCCCUGUCCAGCACGUCUUCCUCGACGACCUCCUCACGGCGGCGUCGCGCCCCGACAGACUGCGUGGAAAGCUGCUCGAGGUCGAGGACCUGACAGGCCAUGGUCUGCUCAUGGAGGGCCGCGACGACGAGGAACAGGAGAAACGCGAGGACGGCGCGCGGGGCGCUGCAGAAGACGGCAAGGCGACCCGCGAAGGCGCGCGCGACGAUGCCACUCCAGGCGGCAUGCACCACGUCAACCUCGUCCGCGCGCUUCUCCAGCGAAAGAAAGCUCGUGGAAUCUCCUACGGAUGGCAAGCGGGCAAAGCCAUUCGCGACGCGCUGGGAACCUUCGACCGGAACUCGAUGGCGGCGCGACUGCGGAAGGGCUUCCCGAGUAGCGGCAAUCUGCGCCAGCGGGGCUUGGCUGCUGCGCCCGCGCAUGCGGGGGAGGAUAAGGCGGGCGCGGAGGGCGGAGCAGGAGGCGAGCGCGAAGUGUGGGAGGCAGAGAUGCAGACGUCGCUGCAGCCGCAGAUCAUGGAGGGCUUGGAUGCAGUGUGUCUGGAUCUGGUCACGGCACUUGGCUACGGAGGCGAGACGAUUCUGAUUUUCUUGCCAGGCAUCGGAGAAAUCACAGAUUUGUACGAGACGCUGUCGCGCCUCGACUCGUCGACCGUGUGGACUGCGAGAGGCGGGGCCUCGGCCUGCGGCGCGAGCCUUGCGCCGCCGUCGGGACCGGCGUCGACCGACGACUUCUCUGCGGAGGGCAAACCCGAGAUGCCGGCGGCGGACGCGCUCAAGUACCGCAUCUUUGUGCUGCAUUCGUCGAUUAGUCGCGACGAACAGGAAGAGGUCUUCUCCCCGCCCCCGAGCGACACUGUGCAUGUCGUCCUCGCCUCGAACAUCGCGGAGAGCUCUCUCACUCUCCCCGCCGUCAGAAUCGUCAUCGACUUCUGUCUCAAGAGACAGCUUGUCUACGACCAGCGCCGCCACACAGCCGCCCUCGUCCGCGCAUGGACCUCCCACGCAUCCUCUCAGCAACGCACGGGACGAACAGGUCGCGUUUUCCCGGGCCUGUCCAUUCGGCUGGUUUCCCGCCAGUUCUACGAGCGCUGCAUGCGCCGCUUCGACCCGCCCGAAAUGCAGACGGCGCCCCUGGAGAAGCUGUACCUGACCGUGAAGCACCUGACGCACCGUCUGAAUCGUCUGGCGUUGCAGGAGGAGGGCGAGCGGGACACAGACGACGCAGCGGACCAGCCCUUGAGAGGAAAAGACGGGGCUGCGAAGGGCAAGCUGACGCCUUGCCAGCUGCUGCGCCUCACAGUGCAACCGCCAGACGUCAGUGCAUUGGACUCUGCGCGACAUCUCUUGGAUCGCCUCGGGGCUCUCACGUGCGACAGUGAAGACGCAGAGAUCACGAAUCUCGGGCACCUGAUGAUGCAGCUGCCCAUCGACACACACCUCACCAAACUCCUCAUGAUGGGAAUUAUUGCAGGCUGCACGAGCGACGCGCUGAUUCUGGCUAGUGUGCUGGCGAGCCAGGAUCCUUUCACGAUGCCUUCGGGGCUUUUGAUUAAGCACCCCGCAGAGCUCUCUGAGCGCAUGCAACUCUCUCUGAAGUCGCGCGCGGCCUACGACGCCGGCCAUUACUCUGAGCCGCUCAUGCUCAGGAAUCUCUUUGUCGACUGGCUCACGGAGUUCGCCUCUAGCGUGGCCGCCGUCCGUUCACGUCUGGCGCGCCAGGCCGCGGUGCGCAGAAACCGCAGGCUGGAAAUGAAUAUGAAGCUCGAGUAUCUCCGCGUCUCCCGCGAUUUUGCUCGCGGGCACAGCGUCGUGGCGAAGCGCAUGGUGCAUAUGGCGAUGAUGUGCGCGGAUCUCGCAACCCGUCUCAAGCGGCACCUUCCGCCUGACUCGGUGGCCGCGGCCUCACUCACGUUCUUCAUGGACCUUCUGCAGAAUCCGACGAUUCACCCGCCGGCCUCGAGUGCGGUGGGGCCGCUGGCGGCGCCUCCGUGCCCGCCCCCCCCGGAGGAGGGCGCGGACGCCGCGGCCGCGGCGCCAGUGGCGUUCACGCCUCGGUACCAGUACAGCAGUGCGCUGACCUACAACAGCUCGGCAGCAGCUGCAGCUGUGCAAGAGCGAUUUUCGUCGGACUUACUGCUGCUCAAGGCGCUGCUGGUCGCGGCCUUCGCUCCCUCCUUCAUUGUGGGCAAGCCGCGCGUCUGCGUCGACGGAAAGCCAGUCGCCAGCGUCGUGCCUCGCACGCUCAAGACUUCUGGCGACGAGAAGAAGGGAAAAGAAAAGUCCAAGUGGGACUUGAGCGACUACGCAGCGGCGAUGCUUCGCCAAGGACUGGAUCCGGCGCGGACGCUGGUGCUCCACGAUCGCGUCGACAGCCGCACAGGCACCGUUUACAAGCAGGUGCGGGCGUCGCUGUCCCUGGUGUGCGCGGGGCUGGACUACUCCAUCGUCCCGUGCGAGGGCGUAGAGGACAAGUGUUUUCUCCAUUUCCCCGACACCGCCGCCAAUGCAUGCCUCUCCUUCGACGCCACGCGCCUGCCCGAGGUGCUCCAGGCGCUGCAGCGUCGCACCGGCGUCACGUCCUCGCCCUCCGCGCAGUCCCUCGCGUCCGCGGCUGCCGCCGCGGGCACCCGCUACGGGCCUGACGACCGAGACAAGAGCCGAGCGGACGGCGCGUCCGCGCCGGGCGGAGGCCUCGCGAAGGUCGCCAGUGGAGCGGACGAGGAGUUCGGAUUCCGCACUACUGCCGGAAAACGCGCACACGAAGAUCGCAUGACCAAGCGGGAAGCCGUCGGCGCGCACAUUGCGGUGUACCAGGGCGAGGACAAGGAGGGCGGGGCCGACGUGCAGGACGGCGCAGAGACCUACAAAGCAGACGCACCUGAAGCCACGCGAGCGCCUGGGCUCACGGCGUCGACUCUCGCGCUCGCUGCCCAUCUCCCCAACCAGUUCGCAAACGGAAGAUGGAAGCUGUCGAUUGUGCUGCCCGAGAGCGCGCGCGACGGUACCGAGCCCGCGCCGUCUCCGGCGUCAUUUGCGGACGACGGCUUAGGCGGGACGGAAGUGGGAGGCAUCGCUGCCUCGCCGACAGGGCAGGGCAGCUCAGGCAGUCUGGGGAACCGCUUCGCGGCGCCGGGAGCUGCGUAUGGCAGCUCGCUAGAGAAGUCGAUGGCGGGCAACGAGUCCGCCAUUCAGCCCUUCGACAUGGUGCGCCCGUGCUCGCCCUUCCUUGUCUGCUGGAUGAUGAUGGGUGACGACGACUACCAGCAGCCGGGGGAAGCUGCCGAAGGAGGAGCCGGAGCCGCGCCCGCGGGCGGCAAGGGGAAGAAAAAAGAGAAGGAGCAGGCAAAGAAAAAAAUGGUCAAAAUGAAGGCUGUCACAAACUGCAGAAACCCCAUCGGGUUCUACUGUGCCUGUCCCGUGCGCCGGGAGGAAGGCGGCGUCCAAGUAUACAAGCAGCACGAGGAAGUCUACGGCGUCGUCACCAUGACUCAAGGCACCGACGACCCGUCCAUGUGCUGGGUGGAGGGUGUGACCGUGCUGCCGCAGAAGCACGCGGCGUUGCUCAUGCUCGCCUUCUUGAGCCAAAAACACAACGUCGAGAUGGGCAUCCAGGUCACUCCGAAGGGGCCUAUCUUGAAAGAAAUCAGUCUCUUCAACGGAAUGAAGACGAUGAAACUUCCGUUCUACGACGACGGUCCCGUGGUGACUCUCGCUGACCUUUGGCGCGCAAACAAAGUGCGACGUCUGCUUUCGGAGGUCUUCGCGACGCCAAAGGAAUCCGCGAAGGUGCGAGCUGGGGGUACAGUCCAAGCUUCACACGACAACUGCGGUGCUUUGCUGCAUCAGGCGCCGACUUCGGAUACCGUGAGCAUCUCGGCGGUGUCAGUCAACAUAGAUGCAACUGUGCGUCUAGGCACGCGGCCACACCCCUCGCGCACGGCUAUAGGCUCUGCGAGCGGGUCUUCCGCUCCUUCGAAAGAGGACUUUGAGCAGAUCAACAUUGACGAAAACGCCGAGGUGCGACGGGCCCUCAAAGAGAUGCUGCAGGCUUGCAACAAGGACGUCGGCAUAAUCGAAGCAUCCCAUCCUACCCACCAAGACGAUUGGCUUCCGGCGCUCACGUCCCCGGGCUAUCUCUCGUGUUUGUCUCCCGACUUGGGAAAUGCGAUGAAAGGAGAUCUAAGUCUGUGCCGAAUCCCCGCGUUCGAGGACACGCCUGGCGAGCUGCUUUCCCCAUUCAACUUGCGCGGCAUCGCCGGCAAGGUUGAACGCGUCAAAACAAAGGCACUUAACAUACUCCAAGACAGGGCGCGGGCGCAGCGAGAGGCCGCGAGGCGGGAAGAGGAGAAGCGUCUCGCGGCGGCACAGAAACGCAGGGCAGCCCAGCAGAAAGCAAACCAGAAAGGCGGCAGGAGCCCGACGCAGCCGCCGUACCCGAUGGGAAUGGCUGGCGGGCGUCAGGAGUUCAACCCGUACGCCGCUGCGUCGGCGGAGAUGCCGGGUGCGGGCGGCAAACGGGGAGGAAAAAAGGGUAGAGGGAAGAAUGCAGUUGCCAAGGCGGUUCCGCCGGCGCCGCAGAAUGCACACAGACAUCAGAGACAUGGCGCGGCAGGCGUUCCCGGACACCGCGGGAACGCGCAUUUGCACGAACUCGGCGCCCAGCAGUACCGACGAGGCGCUGCCCCUUUCUCUGCAGCCGGAGUGCCUGCGGCGGCUACACCGUCGUUGGCCAGCCAAGGCGUAGGAACUCAAGGCCGAAUGGAAGCGAACUGGCACAACUUCGGCGCGGCCGCCGUGACAGAUCCGAUGGCUGCAGCCUUUGGCGACGGGGCAAGACAUGCAUAUCCACCAUCAUCUUCGUAUCCGCAGCAACAGCAGGCGCACCCGUAUCUUCAACCGCGCGGACUGCUUCCCCACGGCGCCGGCAACGUCGCAGCCGGGGCGAAUGUGUCCGCGUAUGGGAUGACGCCAGCAAUGUACACACAUCAUGGCAACUACCCCGUUCAUGACCAAAGUGCCAGCAACGUGCAUGGAGGUGGUUACCAUUCGUACGGGUUGCCUUUCGCGCCUUCUUUGGGAGCUGCGACAACAGCGCCGUUGCCUCACGCCUAUCCGCCUGUAGGUCAGUUUGUCGCCGGCUCGCAAUACGAGUUUGGGGGUAACCGGUCUGUGAUUCCCGGCUAUCAACAACAAGGUUACCGGUGUCAGGUGAUGGGCAGUUACGGCACGAGCGGAACGGAGGAAGCAGCUGCUCUGCAGCGGUUAGUGCCGCCCCAGGGUGGCGGGGCGAAUUCUUUGUUUCCUGGCGCAGCGGCAAACGCGGGUCGUGCGUUGAUGCAGCAGCAAAACCCGCAGAGCGUGCGCCGUUAUGGAGGCGAAGGAUACCUGUAA